GGGGGCCCCCUGGUGGUGUGGGUGUCCUAAGCAGCUGCUUAGUCUGCGAUGCCUUCGGUCGGCUCUGAUCUCAGGUGGAUCUGGAAGGAAAAGAUAUUCAUGGAAGCACCUCAGAGCUACUGUUGAGCACGGUAGAAGAUCUGUGAUGCUGUGGGGUUUCUUCUGGUCUGCCUGGGAAUUUGUGUGUCAUUAAUAACGGGACAUCUACAUGCUGCUGUGGAUAAAAAAUGCUGUCAUUGAAUUCACUGUGUGACUGGUCUACAGAAUCCUUUAAAGUGGGCCUGGAUGCUGCAGGUAAAACCACGCUGCUGUACAAACUGAAGCUGGCUGAGGUGGUCACCACCAUCCCGACCAUUGGUUUCAAUGUGGAGACUGUGGAAUAUAAAAACAUCAGUUUCACCGUUUGGGACGUUGGUGGUCAGACCGUCAUCAGACCGCUGUGGAGACAUUACUACACCAACACACAGGGUUUGAUUUUUGUGAUUGACAGCAGCGACUCUGAGAGGAUUAAAGAGGCUGCAGAUGAGCUGCACAGGCAGCUGGAGGAGGAUGAGCUGAGGGACGUUCCAGUUCUGGUUUUUGCUAACAAACAGGAUUUACCCAGAGCCAUGUCGGUCGAUGACAUCACAGAGGCUCUCAGCCUAUCAGGAGUCCGGCAGCCGUGGUUCGUCCAGUCGUCCUGUGCCGUCAGCGGCGCCGGUCUGGUGGAGGGGCUGGACUGGCUCUCCGACCAGAUCCUGAAGAAGUAGCUGCUGCUGAGAUGCUCUGAUUUCUGACGUUCCUGCUGAGUCUUUGAAGGCACCAGGCGGCCGCUGGCGCCGUUUACCUGGAGAAACCUGAAGGAUCUUCUGAGAAAACGUCCAAACCUGUAAACUAUCGCACUUUUUCUCUGGAAAGAGGCGACCAGAAACCAUUAGAUUUUUUUAACUUUAAUUUGUUUUUGGAAUAGUUGAGGUAUUUACAUAUUGCUGUAAGAUUUUAUAUUAUUCCUGAUGGUUGUUUGAUUCUUCCUAUAACGUUUGCAUUACUCGUCACCAGGUGUUUAUUUUGGGUGUUUUUACAACAGGUUUUGUGGUAAAUUUACCAAAAAAGGAGAAAAAUAUGCCUUGAUGUGCUUUAAUUUUCUGCAGGUAUUGCACUAAUAUUUUAUGUAACUGUAUUUAUUGUGAAAACCAAAUGUUGAUAUCAUUUGAUAUAAUAAAAGCCAGAAGAAGCUAAAUCCUAUAGUCUUAUUUUGA